AUGCGCGAAGGCUGUAAUCCGCUUGAGGUUGUGAUGCCGCUGCUUGACAGCUCGUCUGUUGGGAUGGCCCAUAAACAGCCUCAGUUCCUGGAACUCAAAAAUACCUUCAACAAGAUUCUCAAACACGCUGUCAACGAGCAUUUUGAGGCUUUCAACGAUAGCAUUGGGUCUUACGGUAUCACAGUGGAGACUAUUCUUGAAUCGCAGUCGAAUCUGGAACGGGUUCGUUCUGAGCUAGCUACCGCGUCUUCUCUGAUGAGUUCUCCCUCCGAGGUUCUCAAGGAGCUUAACCAUCGUCAAAAACAAAGCGGAGACAUCAUUGAUGUGCUUGAGAAGAUCUCCGAAGUAAAAGAGAACCUGGAUCAAAUCGAUAGCUACAAUGCAGAGAAGAAUUUCAAAGGCGCUCAAGAACUCAUAAAUACUACGUCGAAACUGGCAGAGCAAUACGGCCUCUGGCAAAUAGACGCACUUUCUGGACUGGAGCAGACUCUUAUUUCACAAUCACAGACACUAUUCGACGCCCUUUUGGAGGAGAUCAACGGACUGAUCUAUUUCAAGAUCGACGGGUCUCGCCGUACGGUAUACGACGAGCACGUCAAAAGCCGUCUUAUAAAAAUGAGUACAUCAGAUAUUGACGAUGUUUCGCGAGCGAUCAAUGACCCAUUGUAUGAAUUCAUCCAAAGUUUGACCGAGAACACGGACGAAGGAGUUGCGCCUGGCAAGGAUGUACACACAUUCCAGCUAAUUAGGGACUAUCUGAUGAUUACACAUGACCUUGGAAGGUUGGACGAGGCACUUGCAAUUUUGGCCGAGAGGGCGUUAGACGAGGUGAGACUAAUGAUCAAUAGAUCGUCGGAAGAAGUACGAAUCAAGUAUCCUGAGCAAAUGGAGCUAUCAAAAACCACCGACUUCGAUAUUUUCGAUUUUUCGCUAUUCAACAAUAUGAGUGGAACAAUUUUACAAGAACUUUUUUCGCUCCUGUUCAAGAGGUGUCUGUCGCUGCUACAGAGCCAUCGGGCGAUUUUGGAAAUUUCAAAAAUCAGUGGUUUUUCUUACGACUUCCAGCAAGUCUGGAGCGCGUUGGAAAAACAGCUAAGUUCGGUCCUUGUGUCUUAUUUGGUUGACGAAAGCCUGCUGGACAAUGUGGAGAAUGCAUCAAAACUGGACGACUCUCUUCCCUAUGCUAGGCUGCCUAGGGACUACAUUGCCAACCGUUCACAGCCAAUAAUUCAGUUUGCUAAGCUCUCCCUGGAUGACAAGCUCUUUUCAACAGGAAAAGUUCAAGGAGUUUUGAAUGAUCUAUUUUCGGGACAGCUGGACGCAGUGAAAGAAGAGAAGGGGUCUUUCUUUAUUGAAAACGAACACACCACGAAAAGAGAUGUUCUGGUUGCGCCUAACAUAUUUAACAUGAGUGUCAUUAUAGAGGACCUGCUCUUUUUCGUUGGCGGCGCCAGCCACGCAUUUCCUCAGGAAGAUGGCAAGAACCUGCUCCAGUUCUUCCACAAAUUUAUGGAUGUCAUUUUCAUGACGCAGCUUGAGAAUACACUAACUUACCAGUUUGAGCGCACUUUGGAAACCGGGCUCUCGUUCCAACGCUUUUUCAGUCAUCUAUUUCAGGUUUUCAGCACCUCAAUGUACUAUAGAAGACCUUAUGUCCAUGUUAUUUUACGAAUCAUGUCGAAGAUGGUGGCCAAAUAUCAAUCACUUUUCGACGAAUGCGUACCUCAUGAUUUGAGUGGAGCGCGCUCGUCCUUAGUGUCGUACUGGCUGAAUGAUUCUCAUCUAAGCAAAAUAUCGUUGGCUAUUUUGGCUGGCGAGCUGCAACUCAUUCCGGAGGAGAUUUCCGUGCAACUGAAAGAAGGCGGUAAAUUGUUCAAGUUGGCUGCUCCGCAACAAAAUCCUCGGUAUGAGGCUCUAGCAAAACUUCUGGAAAGUUUGGAAACCACAUUGGACUGGUUGCCUAGAGUGAAGCGCGAAGUUGAGCCUGUAAGCGAGACAGGCUCCAGCAUGACGGUAUUGAAGGCAAAUUGGCAAUUCAUGGACAGGGGAUCUAUCUCGACCGUUGAAAAUACAUCUCAAACGCUAUUCCUUGCUCUCAGUGCAGACGCCAUCACCAAGUUUGACGAGAUUAUUGCCAGCCUUCGCGCAAUUACCUCCAGGAUCAAGCUAUAUAUUAGAUACACAGUGCAAAGCACAGCAGUUUGGCAUGUAACUUCCAUGCUGGACAAGACAAACUGGAUGCCCGACUCGGAGACUGACGAGAUCAGCGUUGAUCUGAAUACUUUGAACAAGAAAAUGGCGUCCGUAAGCAACAUCCUAGACUCCAUCGUGGGCUCUGACCAGAAACAACGGAUUCUGUGCGGUAUACCUUCGUUCAUUGACCAUUUGAUUGUUUCUGAGUCCAACAGAAUCAUCAAGAUGAACCAGUACGGCGUUCGUCAGCUCUUCUUGAACGUGAGGGUUGCACAGCAGAUGUUGAGAAAUGUGAUGGAAGAUCCCGAGCUGGUGGAUUUCAGGAAAACAAAAGCAUAUUUUGACAUGUUCAGCAGCUCCGAACAGGGGAUUUUGGACCGAAUCCACCAAGACUCCACCAACAUGUUCAAUCUCGAGGAUUACAGAAAUCUCAUCCGGUUGGUGUUCAGCGAAAGUCUGGACAAGAGCAUGUCGAGCAGGUCGACCGGCUCCUACAGUGCCAGCAAGCGAUACGCUGACUGUAUACACAAGCUUGAAGCGGAGUUUAAACAGUCAUAA